ACUUGCGUUUGCGUGUACAAUACACAAGGUUCAAGGUAUGACCAAAUCCUCAGCAGCAGUAUCGCUAAAACACAUCUUUGAACCCGGCAUGGCCUAUGUGGCUCUCAGCAGAGUAACUUCCCUCAGUGGACUACAUAUUCUCGAUUUGGAUGAGAAAAAAAUAUAUGCCAAUCCAGAAGUUCACACAGGUCUUGCGAGCAUGACAGAAGCUUCACUUCAGCACAUUAUGCCUCUAUUUCAUAUCUCGGCGACAUUAAACCGACAGGACGUUCUCACCGUCAUCCAUCAUAACACCGAAGGACUACCGGCUCACGUCGCUGACAUCAAAAGUCAUCAUGAACUUUGUCUCGCAGACGUCCUCUGUCUAACAGAAACACACCUGCAAGGAUCUUUUGUUUCCGAAAGUAUCCACUUGGAAGGUUACACGUUGUUUCACCGUAAUAGGAAUGUCUCUUACACAAACUGCCCUCACAUUUCAAACAAAAAUGGUGGCGGAGUUGCUAUUUAUGUGAGAAACCACAUCCGAGUCAGUGAAAAACGCUACAUACAGAACGCUACAGAUAUCGAGUUUACCGUCAUUAAACUAGAAGCCCCGUUCAUUGCGCUGAUUGCUGCCGUCUACAGGCCUCCGAGCUACAGUGUGCACUUAUUUCUAAAAAAUUUGCAAAGCCUUUUAGAUUCACUCGAAGUCAUGGAUCAUCACCCAAUCAUAGUGUGCGGAGACUUCAAUGAAAAUCUGUUGUCCGGUGCAAACAAGCCGAUUUAUGAACUGUUUCGUGCUAAAGGUUACGCGCAACUUAUCACCGCUGCUACCACGGAUAAAAAUACACUGUUGGACAGCAUUUACAUCUCCCGACCGCAGCGAUGUCUCCAUUCUGGUGUCCUACAAUCGUAUUACAGCUACCACAAUCCUGUUUACUGUACACUAACAUCAGAAAAUGUAUAAAUAUCAACAAACAACAAAGCAUUGUGAAAUGCAUUGAUCGUUGCAAAUUGAUUUCAUGCGAUAAAACAGAUUAAAGUUAGCAGUUAUUCAUUUUUUCUCAAAAUAUCACUCAAACAAAAAUAUCACUCAAACAAAAAUAUCACUCAAACCAAAUAUCACUCGAAAAAUACUGAAAUUAGUUAAUGGGUGGGAUUGUCCUGUCAGCCAAGCUGCAACAUCUGCUUGGCUGAGGGAGGGAGGGAUGGAGGGACAAUCUCAUCUAAAAAAGCAAAUUGAUUUCAUGCGAUAAAACAGAUUAAAGUUAGCAGUCAUUCAUUUUUUCUCGAAAUAUUACUCAAACAAAAAUAUCACUCAAACCAAACAUACGAAAAAUACUGAAAUUAGUUAAUGGGUGGGAUUGUCCUGUCAGCCAAGCUGCAACUUCUGCUUGGCUGAGGGAGGGAGGGAUGGAGGGACAAUCUCACCUAAAACAGUCCAAAAAAAAUUCAAACAAAUGUAAAAAUGUUUUAAAAUAAAUAUUAUAUUGUUCUGGGCGGCAAGGUUAAAAUGAUCCACACAUAGCAAACUAAAGGAAGUUGAGCUUUUAAUAUGAGCCUUGAUAUCACAUAAAAUAGAAUUUUACACGUCCCAGAUUCUUACAGGGCUUCAGGAAACGCAGGUAAGUACCUUGUAACUCGUGGAAUUGUAAGGAUUUGUUAUUGCUCCUGCAGCACUGCUACUUCACUGUACUUAAAACAUUAUUUUGUCUUUGAGUUUGUCGUUAUGAGUGGCUCCCAGCAGUCCAGAGGGAGGCCCUGGAGCUCAAAAAUAACACCAGUGGACCAGGCACCCCCCCCACACACACAAACCGUGUGCUUCGCAACAAGCCGGACAGACAAGCCUGACAGACAGAGAGGCUAUGGGAGGGGUUGAAGAUGGACCUGGAAUGGAUGGACCUAGUGACACUGGCGAGGCCGAGUGCAGAAGCGACAUUCAAUCAUUUUGAGAUGGACCUGAGCAUUUUGGUCUGCAUGGAGAAUUCAACUGAAGCGAAUCGGGAGCAGCUCUACUCUGCGACUCAUAUCUCAGUCGACUUUGAAAGAGUCUACUUCUUCUGCAAAUGGAGAGUUCAACACAACAAAGACACGACUGUUGCUGUCAGUCAUCCAGCUGGAGACAGGACUCACUUCCAAAGCAAAGAAAGGAUUUUCUGCAGAACUCCCGAUGCAAAGCCCAAAGACAGCUAACCCCUUCUUCAGGACCAAGAACAGGUUAACUCCAGGCAGUCACUGCCCUUUGUCACCUGGCUACUCACUGGCGAGUCACUCAUGAACCAGAGACUCCCAAAACCCUCCCACUAACCCAGGGGUCUGCAACCUUUUGUAUCAAAAGAGCCAUUUUGGCCCAUCUCCCGCAAAAAUUUUUUUUUUGGAGCCGCAAACUUUUUAAUUCACCCCCUCCCCCCUCCGGAGACGCUAACGCUGCGCACCGCACAGACAUUUUUUGUGACACUCUGUAAAAAAAUAACAUAAAUCUUUAGCUGUCAUGUGGCAUCAGGGAGUAGCCUACAGUACAGUAGACUACAGUAGCCAGUCAGCAGCGUCAACCGUUGACGUUCUACGUGAUCGGUCAUGGCCAGCAAUGUAAACAAGGAAUAGAUAGCAUAGCAUAGCGAUACAAUAGUCAAGUAAUGAAAAAACUGUAAGGACCUUUAUUAUCAAAAUAUAACGUACUGAAACUUUAAUAUUCAACACAAGAACUUUAAUGCUGUAAACCCUUCUCGCUCAGUAUUCGUUCGUGCAAUUGGCUGUCAACGGUGGAUGCUGCUGAUUGGCGGCUCACUGGCAUGUCCCGCCUCCUGCCAAUGGCAGCAUCUAGGCUACUUCCUGAUGCCAGAUGCCAGUUAAAGAUUUAACUCCUACUGGGAUUAGCCAACUGCAAAUCAACGAAGCUUUGUCAUUCACUCCCCCCCUCACGGUAGCGCAAUUGCGCAUCCAUUGCGACCUCUCGUUUAGUUGACGAUAUAUAUCAAAAUAUAUAUAUAAUUUUUUUUUUUUUUUUUUUUUUU